UUUUAUUACAACAAAUAAAAACACAAAUAAAAUAAAAAUACAACACAGCAAAAAAAUAAAAACACAAGAAAACACAAGUAAACUUAAAAAUACAUUAAUGUCUUCCAAACGUUUUAACGAUUUUCUUCGCCGUGCGCAGGGUGCAAUCUCCAACUUUAGAAAUGGAUCAGGGUUUUUUAUUGGCAGAAAUGGAGAAGUGAUUUAUUCAAAAAAUAAUAUUUGUUUGCAUGAGGAUGCAGAAAAUAUUGCAGAUUUAGAACCAAUACACACCCCAGGCUAUCUAUCUAUUUAUUGUCUAGAUGAUGAAUUGUUGGGUGUAACCCUUGUAUUGCAAUGGAUGCCUAAUACUUUAUUGGAAAAAAAUCCGACAAGUAUUCGAUCAGUCUCUCCUAAACCUUUAUCUUUGAAUGAAAAUGUUGAAAAUAAAAAUUUAAUAAUUACUCGACUUUCUUGUUCCAAUAGAGAAGUUGGUGGUGAUAGUGAAGAAGAGGGAGAGUUAAGUACAAUAGAAGAAAGAGUAAAAGAAGAACAACAAUAUUUUGAUAAUUCCUUAAUUAUUGAAAAACAUUUUGAAGAAAAUGAAAUUGUUGUUGGUCAACGACCAACAACAUUGCUUCAAUCGGAGGAACAAACGUUCUUGUCUCUACCCUCAAUAAAAUUAAUUCCAAAUACACCAAUUGAACAAGAAAUGGACGGAAGAAUUGGAGAUGAUCGGAUGACAGAAAGUUCUGGGGCAACUUCCUGUGAAGAUGAAUUGGUGGAAGAUGAGGAGGAGGAAGGGGAAGUAGAUAAUGGGUCGUCUGUUUAUGAUAAAUCGGAGGAGGAUGAAAAAGGUUUUCUUAAAAUUAGGAAGAAAAUGGGUUAG